AACAAACAGAGCAACAACAAGAGCACAGCAUCACGUAGCCGUAGCGACACAGAGAGAGAGAGAGAUCCAAGUGCCUUCAGCCACCUAGCAACACACCACCCCCAGCACGCAUACAUAAGCACGCAUGGCACGCUGGGCCAUUGCCAUCCACGGCGGCGCGGGCGUGGACCCCAACCUGCCGGAGCACCGCCAGGAGGAGGCCAAGCGCGUGCUGGCCCGGUGCCUGCAGGUGGGUGUGGACCUGCUGCGGUCCGGCGCCGCCGCGCUGGACGUGGUGGAGGCCGUGGUGCGCGAGCUGGAGACGGACCCCUGCUUCAAUUCCGGCCGGGGCUCCGCGCUCACCCGCGCCGGCACCGUGGAGAUGGAGGCCAGCAUCAUGGACGGCCGCGGCCGCCGCUGCGGCGCCGUCUCCGGCGUCUCCACCGUUAAAAACCCCGUUUCCCUCGCCCGGCGCGUCAUGGACAAGUCCCCGCACUCCUACCUCGCCUUCGACGGCGCCGAGGAUUUCGCCCGCGAGCAGGGCCUUGAGGUUGUGGACAACAGCUACUUCAUCACGGAGGAGAACAUCGGCAUGCUCAAGCUCGCCAAGGAGGCCAACACCAUCCUCUUCGACUACCGCAUCCCGCUCGCCGGAGCCGACACUUGCAGCGCGCUGGCGGCCGCGUCAGAGAAGAACAACAGCAACGGCAUGGUGAUGAACGGGCUGCCCAUCAGCAUCUACGCGCCGGAGACGGUGGGCUGCGCGGUGGUGGACUCCAACGGCUUCACGGCGGCCGCCACCUCCACGGGAGGGCUGAUGAACAAGAUGACGGGCCGCAUCGGCGACUCGCCGCUCAUCGGCGCCGGCACCUAUGCGUGCGGGCACUGCGCCGUGUCGUGCACGGGCGAGGGCGAGGCCAUCAUCCGCUCCACGCUGGCGCGCGACGUGGCGGCCGUGAUGGAGUACAAGGGGCUGCCUCUGCAGGAGGCCGUGGACUUCUGCGUCAAGGAGCGGCUCGACGAGGGGUUCGCCGGGCUCAUCGCCGUGUCCGGCACCGGCGAGGUGGCGUACGGGUUCAACUGCACUGGCAUGUUCCGGGGCUGCGCCACCCAGGACGGAUUCAUGGAGGUCGGCAUCUGGGAGUGAGCAAGUGCAUCUCGGAGUGUACAUACAUUUGGCCAUCCUGCGAUUGCCAUCUGGUUCUAGUCUAGGAAUCAUCGGUUAGCACUCGUUACUUCAUAACCAUGAGCAACCGGAUAAUAAACAUGUGACGGCCUAUGAUGCACCACGUGCCUGAAAAAAGUUCAAAGUUCCAUGAAUUACUUCUAGUGUAAAAUUGUUCCAUCUUCAUCCAACGGCUGUAAACAACUGAUGAUGUUCAUCUUC